AUGAACAGCUCGCAACCGGGAUUCCGCCCGGAAACCUCAUACGACACGCAGCCGCGUAGCCGCUCGACGACCGUCCUGCUGGUCCGCCGAGAAGGGCGCACGGUAAUGGCCAGUGACGGCCAGAUAACUAUCAACGACACCGUCAUCAAGCAGAGCGCCAACAAGGUCAAGCGGGUCGGCCGCGGCGACGUGUUGGUCGGCUUUGCCGGCAGCGCCGCCGACGGUUUGGCGCUGGUGACCCGCUUCGAAGGCAAGCUCGACGAAUUUCAGGGCAAUUUGGAGCGCUCGGUGGUCGAGCUGGCCAAAGACUGGCGCACCGACCGUGUGCUGCGCCAGCUCCAGGCGAUGAUGGUCAUCGCCAGCAAGAGCCAGAGCUUCCUGAUGUCGGGCACCGGUGACCUGAUGCAGCCCGACGAAGACGGUGUGCUGGCGAUCGGCUCGGGAUCCAACUACGCCAUGGCAGCGGCUCGGGCGCUGAGCAAGCACACCAAGCUAGACGCUCGGCAGAUCGUCGAGGAGUCGAUGCGCAUCGCCGCCGACAUCUGCGUUUACACCAACGACCAGCUCACCAUCGAAGAGGUCUAG